GGAACAUGAGGCCACGUUUACAAUAAAAUGAUGAAUGUUCGGGCGUAGACUCAUUUCCCCAAUUGACCCCACUUGACACUGCUUUUCUUUCCUUUGUUCAACUCUAGGGUUUUACAAGGUUUGUUCAUCUGGAGUAAUUGAUAAUUGUAAAUACAUCAAUUUGUAGAUAUCAAUUUGUUGCGUGUUGGAUGGCAUAUCAAGCAAUUCGGGGCGGCGGGUCGGGUCUGCAGUUCUUGAACAACCCAUUUGGAGACACCACUUAUACAAAGGUCUUUGUGGGAGGCCUGGCCUGGGAAACAAAGAGCGAGACACUUCACAGCUACUUCGAAAAGUUCGGCGAUAUUCUCGAAGCUGUUGUUAUCUCUGAUAAGCACACCGGACGAUCAAAAGGCUAUGGAUUCGUGACAUUUAGUGAUCCUGAAGCUGCAAAGAGGGCUUGUGUCGAUCCAAAUCCAGUCAUAGAUGGUAGAAAGGCAAAUUGUAAUUUGGCUUCACUUGGACGUCCUCAGCCAUCGCUGCCUUAUGUGCGUUUGAGACCAGCAGUGCCCUAUUUUGGAAGUCCUCGACUUAAUGCUGGAAGUCCUAGUUACCAACAACCAGUUCCUUACAGUUACCAGCCUGGAUUUCCAUAUCCUCCAUAUGGGUACUCGGCAUAUGGACCGGAAUACAUGUACCCACAGGGUUUCUAUAGCUCUUAUAUGGGCCAUCCUCAGCCACAUAUGUAUAGUGUACCAGGUGCUGCUGGUACAAAUGCCUUUCCCUACGGCCAAUUAGGUCAGCCAGGAACCCUCGGUUACAGGCCCAUACAGGGUUUUGUGAUGCCAGGUGGCCCAGGUCCACAUCUGAUGCAAUAUGGCAGACCGAAUGUCAGUGGUGCAAUCUCAGAAACUAUCCCCACAGUUCAAGCACCUUAUUUUACUGGUAUGUCCCCAUCCAUGGGUCAGGCACGGAGUAUAAGUUCUGUUAAUCUCUCUCAAGUCCCUCGAAAUAGUGGUUCUGACUGAACAGUAGGCCGAUUGGAAUGGAACAGCUUACUUCUGGAGGAUUAAGGGCAUCUGCUGCUUGAGUGACAGACUGAAUCUGACCUUGAGAGUCACUACUGUAGCAAUUAUGAGGUCAUCUGUGGUCUUGGUCACCUAGGAAACCAAGGAAUGCUCUUCUGAACCCCUCAGAGUACAGAAAAUGGAAGGGCAUCGUCUGCUCUUUAACCAGUUUGUAUAACAAUAGUGUCCCGUGAAGUCUUCGUAAAAACUGGUGUUGUAUGUAUCUAAUUGAUUGCUGGAAUCUGGUUUCCUGCAAUCUUGUCACAAGGAAUCAACAUAUGAUUACCUUAUGGUCUAAACCCUGGUUCUGAUUAUAUAGCGUUUCGUACCAUCACAAUACCAGUAAAUAACAUUGUGCGAUUGCAUGUCAUAGUUGAUGAAUUUAUUAGUUCUUCAUUUAGUGCUCCAUUUGUCUGAAUCCACUUCUAACACAAGUUUGGGCUGACACUGAAAAAGUUGUCAAAUUUGUACGUACCUUUUGUGGUCUGCUGUUGGCUAAAUUAUGGGAUGAGUGUAUAGUGAAGGGAAGGAAAAUACCCUUUGCUACUGUGUGCAUAAUUUUUUUUUUUUUUUUUUUUUUGUGAAGCUAGUUGUAAUAAUUAUGUUGCAUAAUUGUUUAAAGUUCAGAUAUUUGACUAUCAGGAAUUGUCUGGCCUCGUGUAUUUGUUGAACGUUGCUAUAGCUAUGCAAAGUUUUUAAUUUCAGCAGA